AUGGAGGACAAGUUGACUGUUGCAGGAAUGGGGGUUGAGAAUCGAAGAUUAAUGGGAUCAAGUGAGACCAACUUUGGUUCUUGCAUGAAACUGGCGAAGGAUCUUAACUGUCCCGGCACAGAAUUGAUUUCAGUCGAUGCAAAACAACUAAUUGCUGGAGCUUAUGCACUCUACGCCCGUGUUUAUCCGAAUGAUUUUCGUGAGCGUCAGUUGAAUUUAAUCGAGAACCCCGCUGAAAGACGGAAGGCCUCCAGAGAAAGGAGUCGUACUAGAGCGAAGAGCAUGACCAAUUUCGUUAUUGAAUUUAGUUGA